AUGGAUAUUAAUUAUGGGACUAAAACAAAAGCGGCAUUUUCAGUUUCGGUUGCUCAACACAUCAAGAUGUCGCGCGCAGAUGUUGGUGAGUGGUUAGCUCUGCACGAAAGUGUUGUGAAGAUCAAAAGUGGGUUAGAUCCAAAAUCUGGAUUGGAGGAAUCAGAUGAAAAGCCCUUCACCAGGGCAGAGAUAUCGUACAUCAAUAAGCUUCUGAACUCUAACUUAUUUGAGACACGUGAAGCAGAUUUUGAAUUGCUACGAUCUGAUCCAAAUCAUCCUUUACACUCAGCUCGCACAUUCCAAGAGUUGAACUUGAAAGAUCCACUUCUCAGGGGUAUCUCAGAACUGGGCUUUUACAGGCCAUCCACUAUCCAAGAACGAGCUCUGGGUAGUUUAAUAUCUGACAACCCACAAAAUAUGAUAGCUCAAUCUCAAUCUGGAACUGGAAAAACAGCAACAUUUCUGCUUGCAAUGCUAUCACGCGUCAACGCAGAUGUUCCUUACUGCCAGUGUCUCUGUAUGGCUCCUACACGUGAACUUGCCCUACAGAUAGAUUCAGUUGGGCAAAAGAUGGCACAAUUUAUGUCUGGAGUAUCAUUUGCUACAGCUGUUCGUUCUCCACGAGCCAAUAUUAAUUCCGAUGGAUUUGUCAGUGAUCAAAUUGUUAUUGGUACACCGGGUACAAUUGCAAAUUGGUUUCGUGGUACAGGACAAUAUCGUAUUGAUCCUACUAAAAUAGUCAUGUUUGUAUUAGACGAAGCUGAUAUUAUGAUUGAAGAAGAAGGCUUCCUGAAUAUUUGUAUGCGAGUGAAAACAAAAUUGCCAAGAAAUUGUCAAAUCUUGCUAUUCUCAGCCACUUAUGAAGACUCUGUCAUUGAAUUCGCUCAUGACUUUGUCCCUAAUCCAAUAGAAUUUCGUAUAAAGCGUAGUCAACUCCCGUUGAAGAAUAUUAAACAGUUUUAUAUGUGUUUUAAUGAUUGGAUUGAAAAGUAUCAAGCAUUGAAAGAUAUUUAUGGUGGAUUUGCAGUUGGUCAAGCCAUUAUAUUUUGUGCUACACGUAAAGAGGCGUAUUGGUUGGAUGGCAAAAUGAAUUUAGAUGGGCAUAAGGUGUUCAUCCUGUCUGGUGAUUUGGAUGUUUCAGAUCGUGAAAAAGUGAUCGAAGAUUUUCGUUCAUCACGUUUUAGAGUUUUAAUUACUACUAAUAUCUGUUCAAGAGGUUUGGAUAUUCCACAGGUGAAUUUGAUUAUUAACUGGAAUAUGCCGACAACAAGGAGUGGUAAUGCUGACUGGGAGACGUAUUUACACCGUAUCGGUAGAUCAGGUCGAUUUGGCAAAGAAGGUGUAGCAGUCAAUUUUAUAACAAGUGAUGAAAUGUAUCUGAUAAAAGAAUUAGAAUCACAAUUUGAAAUAGAAAUUCCAGCGUUGACAUCUGAAGAUUUAAACAAAUUUUGAAAAUACUCAUUUCGACAGUUACCUGGUUAAAACCUUUGCCUUAUUUCGAUUUCUUGAUUCGUCAACAGUGUUUUUUUGUUUUUGGUCGUUUUUUCACGUUGUAUAUACAGUUAUAUAAAUUCCUUAGGUCUAUGGUUGUUAUUUGUUUCGCCUCUCUUAUGAAAUUAUCUAAUAAUUAAAUACACACCAUUUCGUUUUCUGUGAUUUAAAAAUGGUUUACAUGUGAUCAGAUGACUGUAAAAUUUCAUCAUCUUUUUCUUACCACCUUAGUCGAACCACCAACCAAUCAGAAUAUUCGUUUUUUUUUCUAUUGAAAUGAGAACAAAUUAUAUUAAAUAUUCCCAUAGUAAAAUUUAGAACAACACAUUUAAGCGAACAAUAUUGUGCUUUCAAUUAGAUCUCAUCAGGCUUAACUCAAAUAUAUAUAAGUUUACAAAUAAAAAUUCAAAUAUAAACCAAUCAUGGUGGUAUUGUCUAUAGGAUAAUACGAUGGUGAAGAUAAAUUGUGCAAUUAGUCAUAAUAGUAGUAGUAAUAAUAAUAAUAAUAAUGGUCUUAUCAAUAAUAAGGAUGAAAAAGUGAGGCAAUCUGUAAUAACAUCAAUAAUGAAAAAACAGCAUGAUUAAACAAACAACUGUUCAGGUGGAAGUAGUCGAUAAAGGCUAGUAAAAACAAAUGAACUGAUUAAGUAAUGUUAGAUUGUAAGGGAAGGAAAUGAAACACGUUUAUAAUGAAGAUUUGAUAACAUAAGGGAUGAUAAGAAAGGGGUUGAAAAUAUAAACAAAGAGUGGUGUAGAAGUCAUCAUUUGGUUAU